ACAAAAUGCCCCUUUAAAAGUAAUAUUUCUAUGAAAAAAUGUCGUAUAGCAAUGACUAGUUACUAAUAGUUCUCAAAACGGCCGCCUCGUAAAACGUCUAAUCUUUAAUUAAAUAGUAUUAAAAUUACUAGAUUCCGGAAAAACUUACUUAAUCUCAGAAUGGCUUAGUAGUAAAAAUAAGAAUACUAGUUACUGAAAUGGCAUGAAGCAUUAUUACCAGCAUCAAAUCAUCCUAUUCUUCUUCCGUUUUGGCAGUUGUAUCCUAAAUGGUUGAUUGCAAUUGAAAUGAAUGAUUUGGCACUUAAUCCCAUGGUUUGGCCUCGGCACUAGUUUUACGAGAGCGUCGGACAUUUGACUUUUCAGCCCAGAGAGAAACUGGAAAAAUAUUAUAUAUUAUUUGAUUACUCGUAGCCAGAUUGUGUAACUAUCCGCGACUAACUUACCUACCUUACCGUGGUUUAGAGACGCUGGAACAGAGGGGCUGCACUUCUCGUAGCUCCAGGUUAAAAAUAAAGUACCUACUUGAGGUUUUCUUAUUUUUCCUACCGGUUAACUUGCCAUGCCCAUCAUACUCUCUAAUCUAACAAAGCAUAAAAAGCACAGAGCUGGGACCUCUUUAGUGCUUACGAGAUUCUCUUCUCUUCUUUACAGAAAAAUAACUUUUAAUUACUUACUAUGUCUAUGCUUCUAUUUUAGUAGAUUUAAUCUGUGACCUGACACUAAUGAUUAGAUACAACAAUGACAAUAACCUCACAAUGAGAAUCAUGACAAUAGACCGAGUAACACCCAAACUUCAUAAUUUCUGUUAAUGCGUAGAUUAAAACUAAAUGAUUCAGAAAAUUUAUAAUAGCAAUAAUAUGGAAACAAAUCUAUCUUAUAGUGUGCUAUAACAAUACAUUCAAGUAUUCGCAUCUAUACAUCAUGUAUCCAACAGGUUCAUGGCUCGUAGAUAUAAAUAAAUGGAUAUCACGACGCCGUCGGACAUAAAACUUCUAGAAGAUAAAGGGUUUCAACUGGAGAAAGUGAUAGGAGACGGAUGCUACUCUAAAGUUUUCAAGGCAGUUCACAUUCCACGAGGCAGCAAAACUCCAGUAGUACUGGCAUGUAAAGUUAUCGACACAUCAGCGGCGGCUCGAGAUUACAAAACCAAAUUUCUCCCGCGUGAGCUAGACAUUCUCAUCCGCGUCAACCACCCUCACAUCAUACCAAUCAAUGGCAUCUUCCAGCGGCAAUCAAAGUUCUUCAUAUUCAUGCGACUCGGCGACAACGGUGAUCUCUACGACUUCGUGUCGAAAAACGGUCGCGUGCCAGAGAAACAGAGCAGAUUGUGGACGAGACAGAUCAUAUCCGCUAUCAACUACAUCCAUACUAUGAACAUCGCGCAUAGAGACUUGAAAUGUGAGAACAUCCUGAUUACUGCGAAUUACAACGUGAAGUUAACAGACUUUGGUUUCGCGCGCACCGUGAUUAAGAGAGGCACUGAUAUCCUGUCGGAGACGUAUUGUGGCACGCUUUCUUACGCGGCUCCAGAAAUACUUAAAGGCAUUCCGUACUUUCCUAAAAUGGCUGAUAUGUGGUCCGUGGGUAUUAUUCUCUACACCAUGCUGAAUCAGGCCCUGCCUUUUAAGGAGAACACUGUGAAAGAGUUGUAUGAGAAACAGGUAAAGAAGCAAUGGCGGUUUCGCUCUUGCGUGGUGAACGAUUUAUCUCCAGAAUGCAAGGACCAGGUAACGCAGUUGAUGGAGCCCGACGCCAAGGCGCGGCCCACCGCCGCCAGCGUAUUCAGCGGGGCUUGGAUCUCCAUGGACCAGCGUGUCGCUAGAUUAACUCAUCUGGAAGAAACUUUGCUUAAAAAAGCUGCCGCUGUCGAGAAGCGAAUGAGACUGGAAGACGAUAACAUAUCACGGGCAGUUGACUCGAUAAGUCUUGCCUCGGCUGGCACGAAUACGAGGACCAAGGCAGGAUUAAAUACAUUGAAAAGCACCACGACGAUAGCAUCAAUCAAGGAAUCAAUACCGCAUUUCAGCGAUUAUCGAUAGGUAAACAUUUAUGAUAUAUAAAGGACAGUUUAUUGUA